GUAGCCAACUCCGACCUAAGUGUCGCUCAGUGGAGUAAAGAGACAGCGCAUGGGUUGGGAUAUGUACUGAGUUCUUGAACAUCGAUGCUGUUUGUGCGACUAAUUAUCUUGUUAUUGGCUCCGCAAGAAUUUGAUCUUUUUAAAGGAUGGGUUUGAAAAAUGCCUCGGUGCUUUGCGGAUGUCUUACAGUUCAGGACUCUUUGCCUUGCUACUGAUGGUGUUGGAGUGGACCAGACUUGGCCUGCCCUCCCCUCUGCGGCCCAUCUGUGACCUACGUGUAAUCGACCAAUUCAUCAUGGAGGCACGGGAUGCUGAGGCUGCUAUGAGGGCUUGUAAAGAGGGAUGCAGACUUCCUGGACCAUUCACCGUUCCCUUAACAAGAGUAAACUUUGAUGUUUGGGAAAAGAAGGAUGUACAGGAACAAGCUCGAGAGGUCCAGACAGGCCUGUGGUUGCUAAAAGAGGCCAUCAGCUCUUUGCAAGUUGUGGGUAAUUCAGCAGCACAGUCCCACAUAGACAGCAGCCUUAGAAACAUCGCCAGCAUUGGACAGGUGCUGCAUAGUCUCAGCAUCCAGGAAUACAUCCCUCCAGCAGGAGUCCUGGGGGAACAGGAAACAUGGCGGGUAUCCUCUGCUUCAGAGCUCUUCCAGGUCCAUGUCAACUUCCUGCGUGGAAAAGUACGCCUCCUGCUCGCCAACGCGCCUGUCUGCCAGCAGGAUGCAAGCUGAUUGGAAGUAUUGGAAAAAGGGCCAAAAUGAUAGGUGCUGCCUGUGACAGGGGGCCGGGACAUAGCUCUAUGGACACUGCUUUUCUUUCCAAGAAAGACUAGUGUGAAAAGACUGAAAUGUAAAGGAUGUCCCAGUCCCUGCGGGUUUCGAAAGAGAAUGCAAGGGAAUCACAGCACUUUGGACUUUCACAUGUAGGAGAGAGGUAGUGGGGGAGCUAACCCUAUUCUCCCUCUCUCUCUCUGUCUCUCUCUCUCUCUCUGUCUCUCUCUCUGGGAGCGAUAUCCCCUAAAAUGCUAGAGCUCUCAAUUUGGCCAUUCCUGUGUACUUUUAGCAUGUUCAUGUGUCUGUUUGUGUGUGACAGUCUUUGGCCCACUUAUGUCAACUCAUGGAGAAGAACACAGUGUAAAGCUCUUUGGCCUGACAUGCACUGCACCUGUCACCUUGGCAGACAUCUAUCAAUUCACUCCAUACCAAACAGAACUGAGCGCACUGACUGACCGUCACAGCUUUGUGAGAGAGUCUGACUCUGCAAAUGAUUAUUUUUCCUCUAACUCUUUCAGUGAUUUUUUUUUCAGAAUCUCUAAAUGUAUUUUAUAUUGCUUUUGUAAUUGUUCUUAUUUAUACAGAUGUAUAUUUCCCAUAGAUGGAAUCAGUGGACUGGUGUGAGGAGUCUGCCUGCUGCUUUUUCCUAAUCUAAGCACGCGGCUCCUCCGAACAGUGACAUAAAUAAGUGACAUGUUUUAUCAUAUUUAUCAUUACUGAUUAUGCACUGCUGUUUUUAUAUUAUUUUAAAUGUGUUUGUGUAUGUGCGCGUGUGUGUGUGUGUGUGUGUGUGUGUACGCAU